AUGUUUUAUAGACAAUCUACAUGGUAUAGAUACAAGACAAAACGCAACCCACACAACCUACGGCCACUUUGCACUUCAGCAGCUGCUCCACUCUCAUUUACAAUGGGCAUCUGGAACUGCCAAUCAGCUGUGUACAAAGAUGACUUCAUUUCAGCCUUUGCCACACAGUCCAUCCUUAGCAUCCUGGCAUUGACGGAAACAUGGAUACGUCCGGAGGAUACAGCAACAACUGCUGCUCUCUCCAACAACUUCUCCUUCUCUAACACCCCUCAACACACUGGUAGGGGUGGAGGAACAGGUUUGCUCAUGCAUAACAACUGGACCUUUUCACAACACUCUUCUCUAUGUAACAAUACUACAUUUGAAUUACAUACUAUCACUACAAUACAACCCACAAAAAUAUAUGUUGUUGUCAUCUAUCACCCUCCAGGUCAGUUGACAAACUUUCUUGAGGAGUUGUAUGUCCUAAUAUCCUCUUUACUGGAGGAUGGUAGGCCACUUGUGGUUCUUGGUUAUUUCAACAUACACCAAGACAAGCCCCAGGCCAUGGAACUAAAUACUCUUCUGGCCUCAUUUGAUUGGAAAGACUACACACCACAGCAACACACAGAUCAGGCAACCAACUGGACCUCUUUUUUUACACGUAACUGUAUCAACUCAAAUAUUGUCUCUGACAACUUCUUUGUUCAAUUCAACAUGACUCUCCCAUCUACAUUAAAACAGACUCCACCUUUGGUUUCCUUUCACAGUAACCUCUGUUCUCUUUCACCCUCUCGUCUUUCCACUGCUGUCUCUACCUCUCUUCCCACACAAAAUGUAUUUUCUAUGCUUGAUGUAAACACUGCCACAGACACACUAAACUCUACUUUAACAAUCUGUCUAGACAACAUCUGUCCUCUCUCCUGUAGGCCAGCACGUACUACACCACCCAGCCCUUGGCUGUCUGACAUCCUUCGGGAACAUCAGACUGAUCUCAGGGCAGCUGAGAGGAGAUGGUGGAAAUCUAGACAUCCAGCAGAUCUAGAACAAACUGCUGGAUGACAAUAAGUCAGGCUUCAAAAGUGGACAAUCCACUGAGACUGCACUGCUGUCUGUCAUUGAGUCUCUGAGACAGGCAAAAGCUGAAUCCAGAUCAUCCAUCCUGAUUCUGCUGGGCCUUUUCUGCAGCCUUUGACACAGUCAACCAUCAGAUUCUGCUCUCCACGCUCUCCUCGUUGGGUAUCACAGGAACUAUGCUUGACUGGUUUAACUCCUAUCUCUCAGCCCAAUGACACCACCGUGACUGCUCGAAUGUCGAAUCUCGGCCUGGAUGAAGGAACACCCCCUGCAACUCAAUCCAGCCAAAACUGAACUCCUGGUCUUUCCAGCCAUCCCUGCUGUUGAACACAACAUCACCAUGCAGCUGGGUUCGACUACAGUAACACCUUCAAAAACGGUCAGAAAUCAAGGGAUAACAAUUGAUAACAAACUAAAUUUCAUGGACCACAUAUCAAAGACGCAAGAUCAUGUAGAUUUACACUCUACAACAUCAGGAAGAUAAGACCCUUCCUGAACUUCCUUUCUGAACAGGCCACACAACUGCUUGUUCAGUCUCUUGUCAUAACUAGACUGGACUACUGUAACGCUCUCAUUGCAGGCCUCCCUGCAUGUGCAAUUAGACCUCUGCAAAUGAUCCAGAAUGCAGCAGCACAUCUGGUCUUUAAUGAACCAAAGAGAGCACAUGUUACACCACUCCUUGUCUCUCUACACUGGCUACCGGUUGACAUAUGUAUUAAAUUCAAGGUUCUGAUUUUUCAACUUGUUGUAUCUCACAGUUCGUCAGCUCCCUUGGCCUAUAGUAAAGUUUCCACUGACUGCACACAGAACCUCAGCAGAUGCAGUAGGCCAUCCAGGCAUUGUUUGCCUAUUGUUUGAUGAAUAAUGAGUAUUCAGACAUGCUGCUCUUUUGAUAAACUUCUUUUUGCAUACUGUGUAGCAGUGAAGUAUACAUAUUUAGUAAACACAUAUUGUGUGUUAGUGUCUAAUUCAAGGACACGGUGAUAAUAGGGCUGAAUUGUUAUCUCUGUACCUCUAUAGCUAAUGAACUCAAAACUCUCAUCAGUUGUCAUACUGUUGUUCUCACUAAAGUUUUAGCUGUUCUGCUUCAUUAAAUCUAUUAGUUUAAAAAAAAAAUUAUCUGUUGGAAUAAGAUCUACAUGAUGUCGGCUAAUCUCAUUAGCAGCUAAGUGCCACUCUCUCCUUUUGUAUAAUGAAAUGUCUCACCUCAUCCCUUUUUUAAAUAUAAGGGAGGACAGAUGUCUUAGCAUUUCUUUCAAAGGGUAAUAAAGUAUUUGUCAGUUGUGUUGCUGUGGGACUCUCUUCAGCAAGUGACAAAAUUAGCAAGUGUAUGGAGGAAACAUUGACUGUGGAAUGCCGGAUACAGAGUCUGACUGCAAAGUGUGUUUUGAGAA